CUGGACAAGCUGCUGAAAUCAAGUCUUUAUGUCAGUGCCCUUCUGGCAGGCUUCGAGUUACUUGUAGGAGCACAUGAGGAAGUAGUACUAAAUGAAGCAACAAACCUAGCAUCAGGUGUUCUGUCCUGCUCUUUCUUAAAGUUCAAAAGAUAACACAAUAAAUUGAAUGCAGUCAAACUCUUUGGCAGUGAAAAGCAGUUUGUAGCACUGGCUCACUUAGUAGGGAAGAGAUUUAGCUUUUUCUCCCGGACCUUCCUGCAAACUCUCCAACCAGUACAUCGUUCAAGAUCACAUGGCUGCUCAUUUCAAGAAACUGAUGUCUGCCAAAGCUGCUGUUGAUUCAUCUGCACCCAAGAGUUUGCAUACCAGUGUUAAGUACAAGGAUCAACAGAAAAGAGACAGACUAAUUCAAACCCUUGAAAAAUAUAAGAAGGAUCUUGUACGCAGUCUUCCUGCCACACCAUUCAACUCCAGAAGUGUUUCUCCAAGCCAGCAGAAGAUGAGGUGGUCACUGUUGGAAAAUGGUCACCCAUAUUUGACAUCUGGUCGGAACAACUCUUCCGGAACAAAGAGAGAGCAGCCCCCCUCUGUAUCAUUUCAGAAGUUCACUUCAAGGACUCUGAUGCCAGCUCCUGCUGCAAGAAGGUCUAUCCCAAAUAGUGCUCCAUGUGCUUUGUCUCAGAUUCCUGUUCACAGCUCCAGUACAGACAGAUCAUCUUCUUCACUGCUCCUGCGAUCUCGCGUGCGUUUGGGCAGUCGCAACGCGAAGAAGGCAUUUCAAAACUCUGUUCAUAAAACAUGCUCUGGGGACCUCCUUGACAGACAUUCAGCCUACUUUACAGAAAAGAAGCAGUGUUUUAGCCCUCGGAUCUUAAAGACAUCACAUCAAUCUUUUCUUGUGAAGUAUAGGUAUUAUAAUCCUCCUUCAAGAAAAAGGAGCUCCUCCCCUAGCAGACCAUCAUUUAAAUCAUCAGAUAUCAAUAACAAAAAGAAAAGCGAGUUGCACAGAUUUUUAGAAGAUUCACAUGUGAGACCACAUUCUGUUCACUUCUCUCAGCAGCCAGUUGAGAACUGUGAAUUGUGGAUUCAGAAUUCUGAAAUGCCACUUUUUCCAGAAUUACAACUUGAAGAAAAAGAAGAAGAGUAUCUUCGCUUUCUUCAAGAUCUCACCAAUGAUAUUUUGACUAGAAGUUGUUAUCACAGAGAGGCAUUAGAAGAUGUAUUUCAAAUGCACAUUAAAAGUAAGAGGCAUAACCUUGAUGAGGUAAAAAUGAGAAGAAUAGUUCAAAGCCUGAAGAAAGAGCUGAACAUCACAAACCAACCAUACCUUUCCAUCAGCUGUGAGGGCACAUGGCAAAAGGACGCCAACAUUCCUGCAACAUGCUUUUAACUCACAAUUUUGGGCAUUUCAGAGAGCAUUCAAAAUCAGUUGGGACAGCAAACUAGUUUUUACACCAAUUACAAUGUAAACCUUGGUUAAACAGGAAAAUGAAGAAGAGAUCCACCUAAUGCAUCUGCCCGUGAUGUAACACAGUAUCACUAUGGUAACAACCAGGUUAGCAUGCUGAGAACAAUACCAGAGCAUCAAAGACAUUUUUACAGGGGCUUUCACAAUCAGAAUAGAAAGCCAGAUACAAGUGUCCUUUCAUUCGUUACAGAUAGUUGACAAUCCUAUGAGAAAUCCUGAUAAAGCACUUGGACUUUUUCCUCUGCAUGCUUGAUAUACAGAUAGGUUGGAAAUUAAGUUUUCAAUACAGCUUCCCUAUGUGAAUUGCAACCUGGAAUCUCAUCAGUUUGCAAGAGGAUGUAGAAUAUUAAGUCCCACUUUCAAGAGAUUUAGGCAAUAAUCUAAGAUCUCUUUAUAAUCUUAACCUAUAUUAGCUCAUAUGUCAAAAAGCUAAGACUAGCUAGUACCACGUUACAUACUAGUUACUGAAAAAAACACAGGCAUUAUAAUCUUUCAAAAUGCAAACAUUUCACGCUUAAUGAAAUCUAAACACUUAUAAAAUACAAGUGCAGUCAAGUAGGAAAAUAUGUAACUACUAAAGCCUCAAUCCUUUCUUUUACUGAUGAUAUUCGCUUCUUUCAUUAUAACAUAGUUGUUUAAA